GAAAGUCCAGCUCACUCCAUCCUGAGAGUUUGAGAGCAGCAGCUCGUCUUCAUCGUCUUCAUCGUCUUCAUCGUCUUCAUCGUCCUCCUCCCUCUCAGCUCUCCCCCUCAUGGCGGCCCCCUCCAAGUCCUCCCAGAAGGCCAAGAAUGUGGCCAUCGCCCUGCUGGCGCUGUGGUCCAUCGUCUCCCUUGUCGUCAUCGUGGUGUGGGCGACGUCUCCGGACCUGAAGAGCUCGGCUCAGUGUCGGGUCGAGCUGCAGGACACCAGGGAGAAGCUGGAGGGCGCCAAGGUGGUGUGGGGGAAGGACCGGGUGGCGCUGGAGGAGAAGGUGGAGGAGGAGAGGGAGCAGCAGGCUCGCCUCACGGCCGACAACCGGCUGCUGCUGGGACGCCUGGACGCCACCAACGCCUCGCUGGAAGAGUGUCGGCAGGAGAACGUCGUCCUGAACAGGAACAUCAGCCUCCUGCAGGACGAGGUGGAGCAGCUGCUUCAGACCGAGACCAACCUCACGACUCAGCUCGGCCUGAAGGAAGAUCACAUCGACGCCCUGCAGCAGAACCUGACUCAGACUUCUCAUCAGACCGAGUCAUGCUUCAGUCUGAAGGACGCCGCUCAGAGUCAGAUGGCGGCAGCUCAGAUCCAGACCAAAGCCUGCGAGUCCAACCAGCAGUACCUGCAGAAACAGCUUCACAAGUGUAAAGCUGGUGACUCUCAGCCUCCUCAGCAGACGACACCAGAGAAGAACCAGGCCUCCUCUGACAAGAAGUCCGCUGCCCCCCCCCUCGCUGGUAUUCCGGCGCUGACGCUGCUCCUCUACUUCGCUCUGCAUCUGAUAACCUGAGCUCUGCGUUUCUGAGUCUGAGAGUACUGUGGUCCAGGAAAAAAGGGGGCGGAGCCUGGACAAACCUAAUGACUGCUGUACAAACUUCCUGUCUACACAACAAACAGAUUGCUAUGGAAACGCUGACAUCACGCUGAUUGGACACAAACUUUGCUUUAAGUGGAAAAGCUGAGACGUUCACUGACCGUUAAUGAAUUAUUAACGUUUCAGAGAUCACGAUUUCCACAUCCCACUGCUGUUUUCUAUUUCCUGCUGCUGGUUUCCACUUCCUGCUGCUGUUUUCCACGUCCCGCUGCUGUUUUCUACUUCCUGCUGCUGGUUUCUACUUCCUGCUGCUGGUUUGCACUUCCUGCUGCUGGUAUACACUUCCUGCUGCUGGUUUCUACUUCCUGCUGCUGGUUUCCACUUCUGGUGCAGGUUUCCACUUCUUGCAGCUGGCUUCCACUUCCUGCUGCUGGUUUCCACUUCCUGGUUCAGGUUUCCACUUCUUGCAGCUGGUUUCCACUUCUUGCAGCUGGUUUCUACUUCCUGCUGCUGGUUUCUACUUCCUGCUGGCUUCUUCUGCUUUAGUCUGUUCAGUCCUGCAUCAGUUUUUAAACAACUUCAGAUCCUUACUGUCAAUCAUCAAGUUCAUUCACAAUGUUCAGUAACAUAUCGUCUCCAUCCUCGGGUCCUGUGGAGGGAAACUACGAGUCAAGUUUCUUAAUUACAUUUCGGCAAUUAACGCUUGUCAUUAUUAAUCCAUCACAGGUGAAGUGUUUUACAUAUCAUUGAUAUUCUGCCUGUCAGUGCCACUUAAACGAUGACGCCCACGUUCUCUUCCUGAUUGGUUCUCAUCAGUCACAUGACUCGACGACCAGCGGUGAACACAAAGCGUCGCUAACACUUCCUGUCAGUAACAGUUCCACCUCGUCGUCCCUGCUCUGACUCUUCACCUUCACUGCUCCUCCUUCAGGAGUUUCUGUUACUAAGCAACCAACUGCAGAGGAGACCAUCUACUUCCUGUUUACAUCACAUGACCAAUGAAUGGUCAUAUGACAUGUGUUUCCAGAGCUCUGAACUAAGAAGCAGGAUUUGUUGUUAUCAAGUUAACUUCAGGUUUAAUUCAUAGUUUUCAGUUCUAUGAAGCUCGUUCACUUGUUGUCAGGGUAAAUCACCACGGUAACUUACGCUGAGCAGCUAAACUGCUCCAGGUUAAGUUGGAGAUAAGAGAUCAAACAGUAUGAAGCUCCGCCCACUGACCAAUCCCUUCCUUUGAACCAUGACAUCAUGUUCUUAGAGGAUCUGUGGAGCUCCUCUGAUGAGCUUCUGAAAGAUCUAGAUUCUCCUCAGAGGAUGAACCUCUGUCAGCUGCUGGAGCCCAACAGAACCAGCCUGACCCGUAAAGUGCUCCCAGUACCACAGACUGCAUCUGCUCCACUUACUGAUACUGAUGUACUGGGACUGUUAGCGGAGGAGAACCUCACAUACUUUAAUACUUUAAAUAGCUUCAUCCUGUGAAAUAAAUAUUUAUUUGGGGACAGAUAGUUUACAGAUGUACCCCAAUGGGUGCAGGCACAGGUGGGCGUGUCUUCCAGCUCUCAGUCAGGCUCCACCCCCGCUCCUCAACAUAUGGUUACUUCUGGUUUCAGCAAACCAAGAUGGCGCUGAACACAAUGUCAAACUGAGGCUUCAGAGCAGCAGCUGACAAACCAACAGGUGACGUCACGGUGGGUUGAGACUUGGAACAGAAGAUUUUGAUUGGCGGCUGUGGGAAGGGUCAGAAGUCAAGAAGAGUCGUGUCCUGAUCAGCAGAGAUGAUCAUUUUGACACCUGAGAGCAGAGGUGGCGAAUCGAUCAAUAAUCAAUAACUAUUGAUCAGAGUCGACAUGAGGAUGAAUUUAAACAGUUAAGUGACGUAUGAGUCGGCUACAGAGCGACGUUGAAUCAAACUUGACGUUGCUAUGAGGAACUUGUGAUGAUGACAUCUGUGAUGAAGUGAAUCUAAAACCUGAUGGAGGAUUUCUAAACAUUAAAACCCGGUUCACAGCUGCUGAGUCUGUGGAGACGAACAGGAAGCUGCCGUCACACUCAGCUCUCCUGAUCCCGAUCGAUCGUCAAUGACCAGCUGAUUCACAUCAGAACAAUGAGUGUGAAAGGAAUUUAGAUUUUUCUUUGUUUCUGUUUAACAAAUGAAAAACUCGCAGCUUGAAGCUUCGUCACUGCAGCUGAAGAAUGACUCCACUUUUAGAAGCUUUUUUAUUUUAUCUGAUGCUGGUUUGGAAUAUACUUUGUUUGGGGGAUUGAUGUCAUUCAUAUGAAUAAACCUGAGGAGUUUGUUAAA